GACUCCAGCUGUCUCCUGUUUGAAGAUCACUUUCUGUGUUCUGUCUGUCAGAAUGUCUUCACUGAUCCAGUCUCCACUCCAUGUGGACACAACUUCUGCAUGAAAUGUAUUAAAACAUGCUGGGGUGACAGUGAGCAGUGUCACUGUCCAUUCUGUAAAGAGAAAUUCACCAAGAGACCAGAACUCAAGGUCAAUACAGCAUUCAGUGAGGUUGUAAAUCACUUCAAGAAGAAAAGUGAUCUGGAUAAACCUGAGGUUCUUUGUGAUGCCUGCAUUGGAGAGAAGCAGGAAGCCCUGAAAUCCUGUCUGGAUUGUCGUCUCACUCUUUGUAAAUCUCAUUUAGAAUCUCAUAAUAAUAUGCCGAAACUUAAGGAACACAAGCUAAUAAGCCCAUUAAAGAACCUGGAGGACUAUAUAUGCCAGAAGCACAGGAGACCCCUGGAGCUGUUCUGUAGAGAUGACCAGAUGUCUGCGUGUAUGGUCUGCACUGUGACUGACCACAAGAAGCACAACACUGUUCCUGUAGAGGAGGGGAUUGGAGAAAUGAAGUCACAGCUGGAGAAGACGCAGACAGAGGUGCAGCAGAUGAUCCAAGAUAGACUGAAGAAGAUCAAAGACAUCAAACACUCAGUAGAGCUCAGAAAAAGGAACACAGAGAAAGAGGAAGCAGACAUCGUUAUAGUCUUCACUGCUCUGAUCCGCUCCAUUGAGAGAAGCCAGGCUGAGCUGCUUGAGAUGAUGAAGGAGAAGCAGAAAGCAGCAGAGAGGCAGGCUGAAGACCUCAUUGAAGAGCUGGAGCAGGAAAUCACUGAGCUAAAGAGGAGAGACACUGAGCUGGAGCAGCUCUCUCACACUGAGGACCACCUCCACCUCCUACAGAUUUACCCAUCACUGUGCAGACCUCCACACACCAACAACUGGACUGGCAUCAGUAUUGACCCUAUUAUUGAUCUGAGUGUAGACAUUGUGAGGAACGUUCUAUCUCAACUUCAGAAGAGUCUGAAUGAGAAGAUCAUAGAAUCAGAACUGAAGAUGAUUCAGCGGUAUGCAGUGGAUGUGACUCUGGAUGCUGAUACAGCUCAUCCUAAACUCAUCCUAUCUGAUGAUGGAAAACAAGUGACACAUGGAGACACAAAACAGAAUCUUCCUGACAAUCCAAAGAGAUUUGAUAGAUGUUCAUAUGCUCUGGGAAAGGAGGGAUUCUCCUCAGGGAGAUUUUACUAUGAAGUCCAGGUCAGGGGGAAGACUGACUGGGAUUUAGGAGUUGUCAGAGAGUCCAUUAUCAGAAAGGGUAAAACGAUUACACUGACCCCACUGAAAGGAUUCUGGACUGUGAUUCUGAGGAAUGAGAAUGAGUAUUUUGCUUGUGCUGGUCCUUUAGUUCCCCUCUCCUUGAGAAAGAAAUCCCAGAAGGUGGGAGUGUUUGUGGAUUAUGAGGAGGGUCUGGUCUCCUUUUAUGACGUGGAGUCCAGAUCUCAUAUCUACUCUUUUACUGGUCAGUCAUUCAGUGAGAAACUCUAUCCAUUCUUCAGUCCCUGUAAUAAUGAUGGAGGUAAAAACUCAGCUCCACUGAUCAUCUCACCCGUAUCAAAGAUUUAAUAAACUUUCAGCAGUAACUAGAAUAGGAACACUACAACAAAACAGAUUUAAUAUUUUCUGAUGCAUUGUGGGAGGAUGUGAAUAGUUAGUCAUAAUAUGCAUUUACAGCACACAUACUAUAUUAUAAAAUAACAGUAUUUUUUACAAUGAAUACAUUUUAUUACUCUAUUUGUAUAUUUUUUCUGGACCCUUGCAUUUUGAAUGUACAAUCCGAGAACUCAGAAUUUUGCACAAUAUGUAAUGAUAUUGUACAAUAUGUAAUGAUAUUUACAAACAAUUUCAGAUAGCAAAUGCUUGAUCAGUCAUUCAUACUGUUACAUAUACUGUGAAUACUGUUACUGUGAAUUUAGGACCAGGAUUAAAGGUCAGCAUAUACUCUUUACUGUCUGACUUAAGUUUUUCUCAGAUAAGAAAUUGGAAGAGUCGCCAAAUGGGGAAUUUCUUCAUUAUGAUGUAAACAAAGUCACUCAGAGUGGUUUGGUGAAAUGCUCUAAAGAAACUUACUGACUCAGAACCACUCACAAUGGUGGUGAUAGGAACCAGGCAUCUAAAGUGUUUAAAGCG